AUGCCUGGUAACAAGAAAGACGGUAGCAAGCGUACCUUGGUACGUUGGUCAGACGAUCUUGACAAGCAGUUGGUGUUGUGUAUGCAGUAUGCAUGCAACGAAGCUGGCUUACGUAUUCCGUGGGAAAAUGUUGCCAAGCUCAUGGGAGACAAGUUCUCUGAUGGCGCGAUUGUUCAACACCUGUCCAAGCUCCGGCAGAAGAUGAUCGACAACAAUCUGCCCGUACCCCCUCCGUUGAAGCGUGGUACAACUGUCGUCCCGUCGAAGAUCUAUGCCACCUCGGGUGGUGCUCGUCGCAAGUCUAUGCCAGAGACCCCGACAACCUCGUCUACUGUGGUCACCACUCCGAAGGCCAAGCCAAGUGUCGCCAAGAAACGUAGCCGGCGAUCUGGCAUGGAUAGUGACUCUGAUUCUCAGCCCGAGAACAUGGACAUUGCCGACACUAGUGAUGACGAGUAUGGUGCGUCUGGCAGGAAGAAGAAAAAGCAGCAACGUCAACCGAAGCCCAAGCAAGCGCCGAAGAAGACGUCUCAGGAGUCGAAAGAGGACGAGAACGAAACGGCCGAGGAAGACCAGGAAGACACACUCAUGAACAGCCCACCUGUCCCAGGAGGCACAAUCAAAGAAUCCAUCGAGACUCCUGGGCCCGCAACUCGAACUCGUGGCGUUAGGCCAGAUUACUCCAAACUGGAGCAGGUUUCAGACGACGAGGAAAGUUCUGGUGGUGACAACGUUAAUGACGAUAAGGAAGGCCCCAAGGACGAAGCUGAAAAUGGCGUCAAUGAGGCAGUGGUAGAGAACGAGGCAGAGAACUUGAAGCGCAAGUCUGAUGGUGAAGUCUCGCCCCGUUCCCGUGUGCCAGCAUCUCCUGCUACCCCCUCUCAUGUGAUGAAUAUGCCCUCUUACCACAACACUCCUCAGUCCGGCGGCAGUGUUGGUAUACAUACUCCAUACUAUGGGGUCGCAAUGCAGCAAUACCAAAGCCCCCAGCACAAUUAUGCAGGGAUGCCCAUCUCAAACUACCUGCCACCCUCUAGGAUGACAUCGUUCUCAACAAACCGGAAUGACUCAGUUAGCUCCUUGACUUCGUCCAUGCGGCCAGGUCUUAGCACCCAAAGCUCUUUCAGUCAUGCACCAACAGCCAGUCAAGGACCGUUCGCUAAUCAAGCUGACAUUUACCACCAUGUUGGCGUUGAUUUCAGCAACAUAGGAGGUGACAUCGAGCACGACAUGCGCCAGGUUGGAGCUAUGCUUCCGUCAGAUGAAGACGAUGAGGAAUUCUCGCACUUGUUUACUCAGCAUGGUCGAACUUGA